AUGGACCAUUCGCAUAUGGAUCACGGACAUAUGGACCAUGGCGAUAUGGGUCAUGGAGAUGGUGGACACGGCGACAUGCCGAUGUGCAACAUGAAUAUGCUCUUCACAUGGGACACGACCAACCUCUGCAUCGUAUUCCGCCAAUGGCAUAUUCGUGGCACGGCUUCGCUGAUCUUCAGCUUGCUGGCCGUUAUCGCUAUCAGCGCCGGUUACGAAGCCCUCCGCGAGGGUAUCCGACGCUACGAGUCCUCGAUAGCCGCCAAGCAGGACGCUGCACCCAUCGAAUCAAAUACUGAGAGCGCGGCAUUACUUGGGGUAGGACGAAGUAGCCAGGCCGAUGCGAUUGGGCGACGGGCCCAUGUUUUUAAGUCGGUGCUCUACGCCGUACAGAACUUUUACGCCUUCAUGAUCAUGUUACUAUUUAUGACCUACAACGGCUUCGUUAUGUUUUCCGUUGCUAUCGGAGCCGGCCUCGGAUACUAUUUCUUCGGUUCGCAUACGAAAGCCGUAAAGGAGACGGCCUGUCAUUAG